ACAAGAACGGGGAUCAUUGUGAUCAUGAAAUGGCGACGAUUGUCUCUUACAUUUACUCUUACACCUACUCUUACCUGAGAUAAGCAUAUGACGAGUAAAGACUGGGAAAAAAAUGGACCGGAUGUUUAAGUCAUGUGGUUCAGGACAAUUCUUGUUGGAUUUUAAAAAUGUUUUGCUCUCGCGCAUUAGUUUUUGCGUGUCCAGGGGAUUGGGCCCUAAGGCUACUUUUGUGGUCGGACGAGUUUUGUUGCAUUCUCCUAUAAACUCACCCUGAGUCCGGGUGUGAAUGUACCUCAUUUCAAUCCAGACUUUCUCUUGGGUGGUUUAAUUCUUGAUCCCCGCAAAAAAAGCUUAAAGGUGAGCGAAAUGGAUCGCCGUCGGGUCGGUCUGACCCUCGUGCUGUUGUUACUGGCGGACUCGGCAAAUGGCCAAGCAUGUGGAGGUAUGCUGACGGCUCCUGGUACUGCGACAUCACCAAACUACCCAAAUGACUACAACACCGAUGAGACUUGUGAGUGGACGAUCAACGUGCCAGAAGGAAGCCUAGUUCUUCUCACGUUUGACAGCUUUGAGACUGACGAUGACUAUGAUUUCCUAUACAUUUACAAUGGAGGCAGUGACACUGCUCCACUACUGCAGAGCUUUUCAGGUGACACCAUACCAGGCCCCAUCACCGGUACAACUAAUCAGAUGUUCCUGAGGUUUACAUCUGACGGCUCUGGAACGUAUCCGGGGUUCCAGUUCUCCUACACAGCCACAGACACUCAAGUAUGUGGAGGUAUCCUGUCGGCUCCCCCUGGAGGUACUGUGACGUCACCGAACUACCCCAGUAACUACCCCAACUCUGCGAUUUGUCUCUGGACGAUCACCGUGCCAGAAGGAAGCCUAGUUCUUCUCACGUUUCACAGCUUUGAGACUGACGAAGACUAUGAUUUCCUAUACAUAUACGAUGGAGGCAGUGACAGUGCUCUACUACUGAAUAGCUUUACAGGUGCCACCAUACCAGACCCCCUCACCAGUAUAACUAAUCAGAUGCUCCUGCUUUUUACAUCUGACGGUGAUGAUACGUAUCCGGGGUUCCAGGCCUCCUACACAGCCGCAGAUACUCCGGUAUGUGGAGGUAUCCUGUCGGCUCCCCAUGGAGGUACUGUGGCCACACCGAACUACUCCGGUAACUACCCCAACUAUGCGACUUGUCACUGGACGAUCACCGUGCCAGAAGGAAGCAUCGUUCUUCUCACGUUUGACAGCUUCGAGACUGACUCUGACAGUGAUUUCCUAUACAUAUACGAUGGAGGCAGAUACAGUCGUCUACGACCGUGGAGCUUCUCUGGUGAAAAGAAAUUCAUACCAGACCCCAUCAUCAGCACAUCUAAUCAGAUGCUCCUGCUUUUUACAUCUGACUAUUAUGAUACGUAUCCGGGGUUCCAGGCCUCCUACACAGCCGCAGUUGAUAGAUGUGCUGAUGGAUCCCACAACUGCGCCCCUCAAGAAACCUGUUACAACACUGCCGACAGUUUCACUUGCGCCGUUUGUCAGGAUCCGCUGGGGAUGCAGUCUGGUGCCAUACCCGAUGGCAGCAUCACUGCGUCUUCCACUUACGACAGUGAUACGGUGCCCUAUUUGGCACGGUUGUACGGAAGGGGCGGCUGGGAAUCCGAGGAUAGCAAUCUCGGAGACUGGUUACAGGUUGAUUUAGGAGAGAUAAAGAAAGUCACCGGCACCAUUACUCAGGGAGUCUCCUCUGGUGAAUAUUGGGUGAAGUCAUACAAACUCCAGCACAGCACGGAUGGGGCCAGCUGGACGACAUACGCCAACAGUGAAGGCACAGAGAAGGUUUUCAUAGGCAACACGGACUAUUACACACCUGUAACAAACUUACUGGACAACGCCGUUGAAGCCCGUUAUGUUCGCUUUCUGCCUCAGACCUGGGAAUCUUACAUGUCCAUGCGGGCAGAAAUCUUAGGAUGCAACCUCCGUGUAGAUGAAUGUGCAGGUGGAACUAACAACUGCAGCCCCCAAGCCACCUGCUCGGACACCCCCGAAAGCUUCACAUGCACUUGUAAUCCUGGGUACAUUGGCAACGGUGUCACCUGUACGGGUAAGGGCAUAUUCUAUUUGUUGUUGUCUGUUUGUUGUCAGGCACUAUGGCACAUAAGGACAGACAAUUGACAGUACAUUGAAAAAAAAAAAACAAUAAUCU